AUGCUAGGAGAUUUUAAUUAUUCCUCAUAUGCAAAUGCCUCUCGUGCUGGCCUCGCGCCACGUCUAUGGCUGCAUUUUGUCGCUAACCACUUUGUAGACUGUGUCACUUUGUCUGACGCUCAACCUAUGCCUACCUUUCAUCGCGACCUUUCCUCUUCGACUAUCGACUACAUAUAUGCCUCCAAGGAUAUAGCGUCUUGUCACUCUUCGUCCACCGUCACAUUUGUUCAGCCCCUGUGGACCGAUCAUUGCCUUGUACGUACCUGUCUUAGUUUUCCUAUGCUGUCUCACAUUGGUCGAGGUUUGUGGCGUGCGAACCCUCGUUUGGCGAACAUCCCUUCCUUCCGCUCCUCCCUGUCCGACUGUCUUUCAUCCUUCAUACCACUACUCUCGCCUUCAAUUUCCCCCCAAUCACAGUGGGAUCUGAUCAAAGUCGAAGUGGCUCGUUUCACACGUUCAUAUUCACGCACAACCCGCCCAUCACUUGCCACUUUGGAGUUCUGGCACGUCCUCAGAGUUGUCACUGUACCUCUAUCCUUUUUCCGUCGACUUCGCUCGAUCAUGAGUAAGUUUAUACAAUACCGCUCCUUUCCUCCCAUUUCUCUCGACACUUUCUGCCAGCCUAUUCUGCUCGGCGGUCUAGGGGUCCUUGAUCCUCAGGUUCAACAGGCUGCUCUUCAGUUGCGCUGGCUCCGGCCUCUCGUCCGCUCUCCGCUGUCCCCCUCUGGCCUGGUCCCGCCUUGGUUCUCUUACGUCCUCCGCCUCGACUCCUCAUCUGCUGAUCCACUCGUUCCUUUGAUAUUUCCAUCUCUCCGAUCCUCUCAUCAGCGUGAUUUCGACUCUCCGCUGGCCACCCUACUUGCUGCCAUUGAUCUUCUCCCUCACAACUUCUCUGACGUGGUAGUCAACCUCCCCAUCUGUCUCUCUCUGCCUCUCUCCUAUCUCACUACCGCACAACCAGACCACCCUCCCUUUCCAUCUGCAUGGCGCGAUCUCCGGGUUUCCGACGCCUAUGAAGUAGAUCCUAGUUUCGGCGUGCUUGCCCAACGCCCCCUCCACCGCAUACUCCGUCGUCCUAUUGUCCUUCACCGGUUCUUCGAACGUCUCUACACUCGCUCUCUUGUCUUGCACCCUGUCCUGUAUCGUGCCACCAUUCCCCCCGCGAUCUGUGCCAUACAGUUUCCUUCGCUAGAUAUGCCUUCCGGUACAGCUGUCGAUGUGCGUCCUUUCUUGACGGCUCUUGUCCCCGGCAUCCCUUGGUAUCGUUUGUCCACCCAGUCUUUCCGCCUACUCUGCAAUUUCCACUCCAAAUCCGCACGCCCCAUAAGCCCCACACUCGUCCCUCGCCAGCUUCGUCGGUUUUGGUCCUUCCCCCUGCCGCAUGGGGCCCGCAACGUUUGGUUUCGUGCCCUGCACAAGAACAUUCCUUGCCGUUCUCGCCUCAAUUCUAGGAUCCCUACCGCUUUCCCAGACCCAUCCUGUGCCCUCUGCUCUCACCCUCUGGACAAUCAAACUCAUUUUUUGUUCCAGUGUCCGGUCAAACUGUCCGUAUGGUCGUCAAUCUGGACGUUGUACUUCGCCCAGACCGCGACACCCACUGUCUUGCUUUCUGGUUUGCAAUCCUUCACAUUCCCUCCUUGCACCGAUUAUUCUCUUUCUGCUGCCUCAAUUUUUGGCUGCACGCUGCUGGCUAUAUGGCGCCAUCAUUGGCUGUUCAUAUUUGAUCACGUUCCUUUUGUCUCCUCCGCUGCCUUUUCCACUGCUUCCUCUCUUCUCGACCGCCUCAAGAGCGAACUUGCUCUCGACUUUCCCCCCCUUUAG